AUGCCUGAAGCUGAUCCCAAAUUUCUACAAAUCUACUUUAUGGGAGAUGAGGAACAACGAACUAAUACACGCUGCGCAUACAACCAUAUAGACCAGAUGCAGGAGCGAGAAAUUGUAGAAAUUUUGGAAACACUUUUGCUGAAUAAUAAUCACUUGCUACGGUUGUUCAAGACUCUCUCCAACAGACUGCAAAAGGACAACUACGCCAUUGUCAUUAAAGCAGAUAAAGUACCGUAUGGAGAGCACGCAGGCACAUAUAAUGUUCCAACUAUUAAUGAAGUUGCAGUUGUUAUGGCUGGUGACCCAUCGGAACGUCGAGAUAUACGCAUACAACGCAGGGAUAACACGGUGCAAAUAAUUCAAGACAAUCAUCGUUCUUAUGAUGCAUUGCAGUAUCCGUUGAUAUUUUGGGAAGGAGAGGAUGGUUAUCAUUUCAACAUUAAACAAAGGAAUCCAACGACAGGUGUGGAACUAACCAAAAAAGUUAGCGCGAUGAACUUCUACGCAUACCGGUUAAUGAUUCGUGCUAAUGAAGAUAAUAACAUUCUUCGAUGCCGGCAGCUAUUUCAUCAGUACAUUGUUGAUAUAUAUGUGAAAAUCGAAUGUGAGAGAUUACGAUAUUUAAAGUUUAAUCAAGCACAACUUCGUUCUGAGGUUUUUAGGAUCUGUCUCUUUCCAUCCAAACCACACGAAAUUUGCGGUAAUGCUAAGGAUUUAACAUUGUCUUUUUGA